AUGUCGUCUUCCAAGCUGUUCCAGAUUCCUCGGCAUGAUCCCAUCCGUCUUCCUUAUCCUCUCGGUGAAGAUUUUGCUGCCAGUCUCCCGCACCGAUUGAAUUAUGCGAAGGGGCUUCAGAAUGAAGUCGAGAAGCUCUAUCCUGAGUUUCGCUUCCACGUCGAACAUCAUGCCCUGUGUCUGAUUGCAACCUCGAGGCAUUUUCCGAAAGGUGGUGCACUAUCACUCGGACUGCCCGAAUCAAUCCUGAAACGACUAUUGGAGGGGGUCUCCCCAUUUGCCAAGCAUUACAUGCUUCACUCUAGCCCUCUCAACAAGGCGGACUUCCAGGCUACUUGGGGACACGCCUUUUAUCGAGCGCCCAUCGAGCGCCCUGAGUUGACUGAUGAAUACGUCCAGGAAGCGACCUUCGAGGAACUUAAGCAAUCGAUGUACUACGAACAACGGUACCAGACCUCGCCAGGGCUCAAAAGCCUCUCUACGCACAACGAUUACGAGGACAACGAGUGUCGUCAUCGCGACGGAAAUGUCUGUCAAAUAUCGAAUUGGGAAGAGGAGACCACUGACCCCUACAUUUUCUCCUUUAUUCCGCCCGGAUGGAACAACACCGUGGACAACAGUAACGCCACGGGCAAUCUAUCACCAUCAGGUCGGAUCUUAACCGACGUCGACCUUUUGGAUAAUGUCGUCAGCCCCAAUGCGCUUGGCAUGACUCAUAAAGCAUGGAAUAUGAUUUGCGUUCACGCCGAUCUGUUUCGAGUCCUCUCAGACGGCUGGUGCGCGUUGAAGUAUGAGAAGACCGAGCCACGCAACGACAAGAAAGUCGAUGUGGUUUGUCGAUUUUACUGGAUGCCUCAGCUGGAACCACGAUUCAACAAAAUGGCCAAUGGCACCGCCGAGGUGUACGCUCUCUUAGAAGAGUUCAAUCUAUUUUUUGAAGCCAAAUGUCCCCCGCCACCUGUCUAUCCCAGCGACUCUGAAGUAUCACCUGACUCUGGCGAUGUUGUCAAGCUGAAGAGAGAAGAAGCAGAUGUGCCAAAGACUAUAGCUGCCAUCAAGGUACACUGGAAUUGUGUCCUAUAUACAGCUCUCUGUGGCGGUGCUGGGCGCUCUCAAUUCCUGACUGGCAUGGAUCAGCGCGAUGGAUCUGUGAAGGCCUGGGAUAAGGAGUUCAUGGCGGUGAGAGACCAGGUCGAAAGAAACCACAGGGUGGAAGAUAUGACCUGGAAACGGCCGGGUCGGUCAGAGUAUGGUACCGAGUCGACAGGUAGGACAACCGAAAGCGAGGCCGAUUUCGCGCGAGGUGCCUAG